AUGUCUGCCCCUUCGCUGUGCAAAGUAGGGGAGUCAGCGGGCGGCGGGGCAGGCUCCUGUGUCUGGACUGGCGCGCCGUCUUUCAGGAAGGCACCCCGGCUAGACCCGCUGUCCGGGGAAAAGAAAGACUCCUCUAGGGGAUCAGAGCCUUGGAAGCCCGCGGCUGCUGGGAUCCAGACCCUACGCAGCCUGGGAAGGCCUCCGACUCCCUUUACGCCCCGGCUUGCCGCUCGAGCGCACGACCCUCGGGCUUUCCCUGUGUCCUGCCGUCGCCACCCGCGGUGCCGAGUCACCCGGCUUGCGGUUUUGCAGUCGCGCUCUCGGCUCCGGCCCCCAGUUCUGGUGAGCUGCGGGCUCCGGUCUCCUCUAGGCUGCAGCAGCGGCGAGAGGCGCCCGGGGAGUGCGGCCACAGCUCGGGUGCCCGGCCGGCGCCGGGACUCCAGGUGCACCGAGGGCGGGUGGCGGGGAGUCGUCCGGCGCCGCCGCCGCGGCUCCUGCGUCUCGGAGCAGGCGGUCCUGCAGCCGCGAGUCCCUGCUCAGACGCCCGGUGUGCGGCGAGACUGUUCCCACUCGCUUUGGCGGCUUCGCUCCUGUCUUGAGCAGGAGACUGCGCUCCGAGGAGGCUCUGAGCGCGCUCAGACAAAGAAAUGGUUACAGACCUGUGAACAGAGACACAUUCCAGAGUUGUGGACAGCAGACCCACUCAGAGGCAAGGCGCAGCUGGACGUGGACACCUGCCUUGUUCUCCUUGAUAUCCUCCUUCCCGGUGAAGCCGGGUUGGCGCCGAGCCCCGCUGGCUGCUGGGUAGCGCAGGCAGGGCACACUGCCUGCAGGGAGAGGCCCGGGGCGGUGGCAGAGGCGCUCCGGGGGAGCUGGGACUGUUUGCCUGCGCCCUGGCUCCUUUCUAGCUGUGCCCUGGGGGCACACGUCCUUCCCAGUACUGCGAGCUCAGCUCUGCUUUGGCAGGACAGCCAGAGGAGGGUGUGGUGGUGGCCAUGGGCCACCUGCACGAGCCAUUCCGGGCAAAGGCUUGGUGGCCAGAACACAGAUUUCACCAAAACGCCUGACCGGGGGAGCAUGAGCUGGAACCCACAAGCUCAAGCUUCGGUGACCACACGGGAACCCCACCUCCUUCCGUCCUGGGUGGGCUUCCCAGCAAAAGCCCAGAUUAUCUGCAGGUCACUGCCUGAAUCAACGACCUACAGCGGCUCCCAUCAACCUUUAGACCAGACCAAGCCUGCAAGAUCAAGCCUGCAAAGCCAGUCCUCAAGAGAAGGCUCCCGACAGGGUCCCCGGCUGCUGGUCUGAGCCCCUGGCAGCUGCUCUGGGCCUUCUGCGCACCCUGUCUUCAUGGACUCAAAUUCUGAAGUCACGUUUGAAGUUAAUGGAAAGGUGGGAAAGGAGGGACAUCCUUUUGACAACAUUCAAGUUUCAUGCCCUUCCCCCCACCUAUACUUAAAAUAUACGGAAGGACUUCUACCCUUGACUAGAAAAAGGGGGAAAAAUCCAAAUUUAUAAAAU